AUGGACAAGCGCGACCCUCCGCGCGGCCUCGCCCAGUCCGCCUCGGAGGCCGAGCUUCGCUGGCAGCCUGCGCUCGACUUCGACACGGACGGGUGCUACAACACGCCGGCUAUCGACAGCUCGGGCAACGUCGCCGAGGGCCUCGACCACAACUACACGGGCGGCGCCGACGACUGCCGCGACGAGAGCGACCUCGACAACAACAACGUCUACGUGCGUACGCGGUGCAACAACAACUGGUGCGCGCACGUCUACGACUACUACUUUGAGAAGGACGUUGCCGUGCAGCACGUCAUCGAUGCCGGCGGCCACCGCCACGACUGGGAGCACAUCAUCGUCUUCGUGGAGGGUGGCAACACCGCACGCAUCGUGGCCGCCUCUGCGCACGGCGACUACGAUACCAAGAACGCCGACGACAGCGGCGUCCGCUGGGAUGGCGACCACCCCAAGAUUGUCUACCACAAGGAUGGCGGCAGCACCCACGCUUUCCGCUUCGCCAGCGCCGACGACGACAACAUCGAGAAUCACAAGGGCGUCUGGUUCCGCGGCGCCCUCGUCAACUGGCAGGCCCUCGCCGACGCCGGCGUCCGUGACACCCUCGUCAACCACGACUUUGGCAGCGCCUCGUUCGCCCUCAAGGACAGCAGCUUCAAGCAACAGAUUGACUACGCCCGCAACGGCGGCGCCCCGGGCUUCGAUAGCGGUUCUGAUUAA